AUGGGUUCUUUUGAAUUUAUGUCGAUAUUCAUUAUGGUCCUACUUUUCCCAUCAUCUCAUCCCAAAGCCAAAGGUGUCGCUUCAGAUUCUGCUAGUGAGGCUGCUGCUCUUUUGAAAUGGAAAGCCAGUUUUCAAAACCAGAACAAUAGCUCGCUAACCUCGUGGAACCGCGACUCCAUCAAUGCAAAGAAUUCUUCCAACCUUCCAUGCACUUGGGCUGGUAUUUCUUGCAUUAACGGAAGUGUCAACAGGUUGAAUCUCUCAGAUUGGAGCAUAAAAGGCAGCCUUUAUGACUUCCCAUUUUCAUCCCUCCCAAAUCUUGAAUAUCUUGAUCUUAGCCUGAAUCAAAUCUUUGGCUUCAUACCUCGUGAAAUAGGUAACUUGUCGAAGCUCAUUUAUCUUGAUUUCUCAGUUAAUGAGUUGUCAAAAGAAAUCCCACCUGAAAUUUGCAACUUGAGAAACUUGACUCGUUUAGCUCUUGGUAGUAAUCAUCUUUCAGGUCCAAUUCCAUCUGGAAUAGGAACUCUGCGCAAUCUUGUUGAACUUGGUCUGGAGGACAACAAUUUAACAGGUUCAAUUCCAUCCACUUUUGGCAACCUCAACAGGCUAGUAAAGUUACACCUUUUCCGAAAUCACCUAUAUGGUCCUAUCCCCCACACGAUAGGAAAUCUGAUCUCACUCCAACUUCUUAUCUUGUCUCAAAAUAAUCUUAUUGGGGCAAUCCCAAAGUCACUAGGCAAUUUGACUAAUUUAACUCAUCUGUAUCUCUAUGAGAAUCAACUUUCAGGUCCAAUUCCAAAAGAUUUGGGUGAUCUCAUAUUCCUUAUUGAAAUGGUAAUAAGUGAGAAUCAAUUUAAUGGUUCUAUUCCUGUUUCAAUUGGUAAUUUGAGUAACUUAAACAAACUGUAUCUCCGAGCAAACCAAUUUUCUGGUACCAUUCCAGAAGAGCUUGGAAAACUGCAAAAGUUGGUAGUUUUGGAAUUGGAUCAAAAUCAGUUAUCUGGUCCAUUGCCGGAACUGCUAUGCCAAAAUGGAACCCUCCAAAACAUAACUGUAUCUGAGAACAAGCUUACAGGUCCAAUCCCUCGAAGCUUGAAAUAUUGCUCAAGCCUAAUUAGGGCCCGCUUCAAUGGGAACCAUUUCCAUGGUAACUUGUCAGAAAUGUUUGGCAUCUAUCCCUUCCUGGAUUUCAUAGAUCUCAGCAACAACGAAUUCCAUGGGGAACUCUCCAGCAGCUGGGGAAAAUGCAAAAGCUUGACAACCCUGAAGGUUGGAAAGAACAACAUCACAGGUGGUAUACCUCCAGAAAUUGGAACUUUAACUCAAUUACAUGCACUUGAUCUUUCUUCAAAUUAUUUAUCUGGGCAGAUACCAAGAGUAGUUGGGAAGUUGGCUUCUAUGCUUAACCUAUAUUUGCAUGACAACCAACUCACUGGCGGCAUACCUCAGGAGUUGGGUAUGCUAACAGAACUUCUUUAUCUAGACCUGUCCACAAAUAAGUUGAAUGGAUCUAUUCCAGAACAUUUGGGAGAUUUGAAGCACUUGUAUCACAUGAACUUGAGCAACAACAUUUUAAGCCAAAAGAUUCCAAUACAGAUUGGAAAGUUAACCCAACUUUCUGAACUGGAUUUGAGUCAAAAUUACUUCACAGGGGAGAUACCAUUCGAGUUUCAAAGUUUGCAGAAUCUGGAAACAUUGAAUCUCUCACACAAUAACCUCUCUGGUUUGAUCCCAAGUGCUUUGGCAAAAUUGCCUGGUCCAUUGCACAUCAAUAUUUCAUUCAAUAAUUUAGAGGGUCCAAUUCCGAGUGGUAGAGCCUUUGUGAAUUUAACCAUAGAGGAAGUACAAGGAAAUAAAGGUUUGUGCGGGAAUAUUUCAGGGUUACCGGCUUGUGAAAGUUCCCCGUUGAUUAAAAAGCAUGUCAAGAAUAAGGGGAAGAAAAAACUUGUUCUCGCAAUUUUAAGUCCUCUUCUGGGAUCAUUCGUACUUCUUUGUGCAUCCUUUGGUGGUCUCAGAUUGCAUAAGCAAUGGAGAAAAAGUACAGGAACGGAAGAUAUCAAUAUGAACAAAGUAAAUUUAUUUUCCAUAUGUACUUUUGAUGGCAAAGCAUUGUAUAAGGAAAUAGUAAUGGCUACAGAAGAGUUCAGUGACAUAUUCUGCAUUGGUAAAGGAGGUUAUGGACGUGUUUACAAAGCACAGCUUCCAUCAGGCGAUGUAGUAGCUGUAAAGAGACUUCACAACAUGCCUGAGAUGGCAAGUCAUAAAAAUUUGUUGAAUGAGAUAAGGGCCUUGACAGAAAUCAAGCAUCGAAACAUUGUGAAACUCUUUGGGUUCUGCUCAAAUUCUCAGCAUUCAUUUUUGGUAUAUGAGUACCUUGAAAGAGGGAGCUUGGCCAAAAUCUUUAGCAUAGAAGAAGAAGCUAAGGAACUAGAAUGGCGAAAGAGAUUAAAAAUCAUCAAAGGCAUUGCUUAUGCUUUAUCUUACAUGCAUCAUGAUUGUUCACCAGCCAUUGUACAUCGGGACAUAUCAAGCAACAACAUUUUGCUUGAUCCAGAAUAUGAGGCUCACAUUUCAGAUUUUGGCACUUCUAAGUUUCUGAAAAAUGAUUCAUCUAAUUGGAGUUCUCUUGCUGGCACAUAUGGAUAUGUUGCACCAGAAUUUGCCUACACAAUGAAAGUAACUGAAAAGUGUGAUGUUUAUGGCUUUGGGGUCCUGACAAUGGAAGUAAUCAAAGGAAAGCACCCCGGUGACUUGAUUGCUUAUCUAGUGUCUUCAAAGCCCGAGAAAAUAGAACUGAAAGACUUGUUCGAUCAAAGACUUCUGUAUCCCAAUCAAGAAAUUGAAAACAAUCUGGCAUCCGUUCUCAAAGUAGCAAGAGAAUGUCUACAUGUUGAUCCACAAUCUAGGCCAACAAUGCUCUUUAUUUCUAGGUUGUUAUCAACUGGUGCACAAUCUGUGUAACAU